AGAGCUGCUCUGAUCUUAGUGCUUCCGUCCCCUUCUUAAAGCCUCAUAUUUUGUUUUGCUCUCUUUCUGGCUUAUAUGAAUAUAGUUACCAUCAAUGAAGAGCCCUGAUAGGACACAGCUUUUGGAAAUUUCCACAAACUGUCCACACCUCUUUCUAACACCACUGACCCCUGGAAAGGAUUUUAACCUCUUGGAAUUCUUUUUGCUUAUAUGUGUGAAUUCUCAGAAGACUAAUGAGAAUCUCUGUCAAGUAAGGAGAUGGCAAAGAUGUACAGACUCUAUGUUGCGCUACUAACAGCUCUAGCCUUGUGGAAACAUUGCCUGGCAGAAUGGAACACAACCGAUGGAUCAUCCGCCUGCCAUCUUCAUGGCAAGAUGGACAAUUGCACAGCAGAAAAUGAUAUAGAAGAGUGGAAUGGCCACUUCUCGAAAUGUCCAGAGGAGCUAAAACAUUAUUGUAUCCACGGAGAGUGCCGUUACAUUAAGGACCAGGAAACACCAUCCUGCAAGUGCCAGAGUGAUUACAUGGGUGCCAGGUGUGAAUAUGUGAACAUUUCGGAACCGUGGAAAAAGAACAGAAAUAUCAUUAUUGGAUGCUCCAUUACUGUUCUUCUGAUCCUGAUGAUCCUCGUCCUUUCCAUCUGCAUCUGUUCACAUCGCAGGUUCAGAUUGUGUGGACAGAGAAGAAGACAGCCUGGAGAGCCAAAGAACUUGACAGAGAAGGACACCAUGUUGGAUACGAGUGCAUCAAUAACAGCAGACCCAGAGAUACAUACCAACUCAGUAUGAGGACUCCCUCAGAGCCAAUUGCAAGCCUGUAGGCAUUACAUGUAUACACGUGGGAGAGCUGCUGAAUGCAGCGUUGCUGUGAAAACAGGUCGCUUCAUAUGCUCUCUGAACAGCACCGAGGACCAUGAGGAAUACCAAUUCACAAGGAAAUGUGUCAUCCUGGGAUAGAACCUAAGGAGCUCCCUUUCUCCUUUUAGAGAUCAGCUUUGUUUCAAACAUUAAACAGGCUUGUGGAAGAAGAGGGAGAUGCCCUCCUGGAUUGAUGAUAAAUAUAUGAUGGGGGAGUGUUCAGCUGCCUUAGUGCUGGAGAGGAAGGCUUUUGUUUUAAAAGCUGCGGCCUGUCACCGAGUGCUGCUGGUCACACAGCACUAAAUAAAUUGUUGCUAUGUUGGAAAAAGCUGUGAGACCAACUGGCAGCCAAUGAUAACAGCCAGUAAGGUUGUUCUGGAACUGUCAAGUGUGGAAGACAAAUUUAUACCGUAUACCGUCAGAGGAGAGGAAAACGACUGUCCUUUUAGGGAGUCUGAGCAACAUACAUUAGCCUUUAAACAGAGUGUAACACCAUAUCUUUCAACUACAGCCCCAGGUUUGUUUGCUGCUUCUUUGGCUUUUGUGUAAUGUCACUGUUUCAUUAUCUGCACCACAUAAUGUUUAGCUAUGACUUUAAAUGCAUCACUACAGAUCCGUGUGUUCAUUAAGCUUGUAAACAGUAUUGUUACUGAUGUCCAACAUCAGUGCAAGAAAAGAGACAGUAAGGAAGGAGCUACAUUAACUGAAAGGCCUGCAGAGGAUAAGUAGAUAUUAUGCUGGAGGGUUUAAAAAAAAAUCUGUAUUUGGAGGUGAGCAGCCUGUAGGCUACAGAACAGCUGAGUCUGUGUGCUCGACCUGACAGGGCUCCCCUGUUGAAGACAGUUUUAGAGCUGCCAAACUUUCACUGGGGUUUCAACAUGUAUCAGAGUCAAGUAAAUCUGCCUCAGCCAUUUAAAUUAGCCAUCAAUAAACAUGCUGUGGUGUAGUUGUACUUUUUAAAAUAUUUUUUACAUAUAAACGAAGAAUAUGUUUACUUCACAGUUUGUCUCUAAAAAAAAAAAAGUUUAUUUCUACAAGAAGUUCCUGAGAAGAGGCAGUACAAACAACCUAUUUUGGAGAGUGAUUAUAGACUCAUAUCUCUCAGUUUGUUGUUGAAGUGCUAGGCUAAUGUAAGCAGAUCAGAUGUGUUUUGCUUCAUGACACAAAAGCUGCAGCAGCCAUUACUGUCUCUCUGUUGGGUGAAGUACAUCAGGACUGUUCAGGAAAAGCAAAAUCAUUAGUCCAGUAAAAGUUGUGUUUAAGGCCUACUUUACAAUUUUGAAAUCCCUGUACAAAAAAA